AUGGGGCGCGGCAAGAUCGAGAUCAAGCGGAUCGAGAACUCCACCAACCGCCAGGUGACCUUCUCCAAGCGCCGCAACGGGAUCCUCAAGAAGGCGCGGGAGAUCAGCGUGCUCUGCGACGCCGAGGUCGGCGUCGUCAUCUUCUCCAGCGCCGGCAAGCUUUACGACUACUGCUCCCCCAAAACAUCGCUAUCAAAAAUCUUGGAGAAGUACCAGACCAAUUCUGGAAAGAUACUGUGGGAUGAGAAGCACAAGAGCCUUAGUGCAGAGAUUGAUCGUAUAAAGAAAGAGAACGACACCAUGCAGAUUGAGCUCCGGCACCUGAAAGGUGAAGAUCUAAACUCACUGCAACCCAAAGACCUGAUCAUGAUUGAGGAAGCACUUGAUAAUGGACUGACGAACCUGAAUGAGAAACUGAUGGAGCACUGGGAAAGGCGUGUGACAAACAAUAAGAUGAUGGAAGAUGAGAACAAAUUGCUGGCCUUUAAACUGCACCAGCAGGAUAUUGCACUGAGCGGCAGCAUGAAAGAUCUUGAGCUGGGUUACCAUCCUGACCGGGACCUGGCGGCCCAGAUGCCAAUCACCUUCCGCGUGCAGCCCAAUCAUCCCAACUUGCAGGACAACAAUUACGGCUGA